CUCAGCUUAGCUCUUCUCUGAGCUGGUGGGAGCUGGGCGUGAGCUGCCCCUCCCUCCUGCCUGCUGCCUGAUCUUCAUUCCUUGGACAAAAAGGUUGUUGAAGACGACUCCAGGAUUUGGGGUCUGCCUCCUUCGUCCCAGUCAUCAGGACUGUGUUCCUCUGAGUGACUUGCCACAGCUACCCCCAGGGCAGGGCCAUCCUCACAGUGCCUCUGGAGGCAACCGGGAGGCAGCUGAGGGCUCCUGGCUGAACCGAGUCCAGCGUCUUGUUUCUUGUUGCACCAUGAAAAUCCUGCUCUGUGAUCUCCUGCUGCUCAGCGUGCUGGCCAGUGUGUUCAGUAGUUGUCCCCGGGACUGCCUCACCUGCCAGGAGAAGCUCCGCCCAGCCCUGGACAGCUUCAACUUGGAGGUGUGCAUCCUCGAGUGUGAAGAGAAGGUCUUGCCCAGCCCAGUCUGGACUCCGUGCACCAAGGUCAUGGCCCGCAGCUCCUGGCAGCCCGUCCCUACCGCCCCGGAGCACGUGCCAGCAGCUCUUGACCAGCCCAGAGCCUCGGAGAUGCAGCAUCUCAAGAGGAUGCCCCGGGUCAGGAGCCUGUUCCAAGCGCACAAAGAGCCGGAGCCCGGCGUGGACGGAGCCGGAGAGCUGGAGCAGAAACAGCUGCAGAAACGGUUCGGAGGCUUCACCGGGGCGCGGAAGUCAGCGCGGAAGUUGGCCAACCAGAAGCGGUUCAGUGAGUUUAUGCGGCAGUACUUGGUCCUGAGCCUGCAGUCCAGCCAGCGCCGGCGCACCCUGCACCAGAAUGGCGUCCAGGUGAUCCCCCGAACAGCAUGUGUCCAGCCCCAGACCUGCCGGCUGAGAGUCAGGAUUCCUUCUUCCCCAAGGCACUGAGCACCUGCAGCAACCACCCCCCACCCUGUCCAGUUGUUGCCCCCUUCCCAUGGCAUGUUCUCCACAACCUCUUGCUACAUCAGAGUGUAUUUUUGUAAUUCCUCCAGCUAAUAUUUUAAUGGCCGCAUCUUUCCUUCUCACCCACGUCCCCUAUUCCAGGGCCGGGUGAAAAGGAGUAUGAGAUCCAGCCUGGGGUUUUGACAUGUCACUGCCACACUUGUUUGUAAAUGAGCUGUUCUUUUUGACUGAUUGUUUGAAACAACUAUUUCUCCAUUAAACUUCU